CACGCCACCUCCCUUGCCGGAAUUCUCUGAAACUCGUCGGAAAAUCACGCCCUCUUGCUGUUUUUUGUCAAUCUUGACGACUGCCUUUCACCCAAAUCAAAAUCCAAUCACAUACCCAAGAAUCCCCAUGCCCAGGCGCACCUUCACCAAAGUUUUGAGGCGAUUUGGCUCGAAUUUUUUCCAGGGUGGGUGAUUUCCGUUGAGACUCCGACGAGCUCAAUCGGGCUAUUUUCAGCCGAUUUUUACACCCUCGUCAUCUCCUCACCUUCCUCUUCGACCUAACUUGCAUAUCCAUGUCUGUUUCAAACCUUUUCUUUAUCAUUUUUGGAGAAUUGGGUUAGAGUUCUUAGGUGAGCGAUGAAAUCGGGCGAGGGGAAUGUCCAAUUAGGAUGAUUGAAUAUUGCAUGAAGUGUUUUUCAAGUUAAUUGAGCCUUGGUGGGAAACUUUUCGCAUGAUUUGUGGUUUGAAUUGAGAAUUCCCACCAAGUGCAGUAUAAGAAAAAAAUGACUUGCUACACUUGUGUGAAUGAUGGUUGGAAGCCAUCGAGGAAUGCUUUGGGUUCGAUAUCUUUAUUUGGAAGAACUAGGAAUCACCUAGAUGUUUCCACGUAUGGUGCAUGCCUUUGAUAUUUUGCAGGAUGAUUGAUGCGAGUCAUGAGUACAUUCAUCACCUGGUGAACCAUGAGAAGUACGGGACCAUGCUCGAGCAAUGGAGGUACAGCGAGGCAGGACCACUGGGUGUUGGACUUGGAGAUGUUCACCAGGUUCAGGUGCCAAGCAGUGAUGUCUGGGGUUCUCAUUCAUCCCCAGUGGCGAAACCCCUAGCAAUUGACGAGCUCUGUGUGGAGUUCUACUCAACCUUCUCCCAUGUGAUCACGUCGAGCAAGCACAACCGACCAUACGUGGAGUUAGUGCUGGGGGGUCAGCAUCAUGGGCUGACCUAUGAUGGGUUCUCCUAGGAUAUGAGGCUCGACCCCACUCACAUGAUCAUGACAAAGAGGUAGUACACAGCUGGAUUCCAUUACGAUGCAGCCUUCUAUGCCAUCUGCCUUCUGGCGCACCAAAGCAAGGACUUUAAGGGCUCCAACACCAAUGCAGUGAAGCUCCGGACGCCUUGGAGGAUCUUGCAUACACUGCUCACAAAGUCGAUCAUCCCAGUGUGCGGUAGGGGCACAUAAUCACCAACAGAGGGUUGAUAGCCCUCCAUACCUUGAGAGCCGCCUAGCAGAGCCACUCCAUCUGGAUCAUUGGUCGCUACCAUAUUCUCCAGAUGGCUCGGUCGUGAUUGAGUGGACACGAUGCACUUGGGCGGCAUCAUCACGAGGGUGGCCUGAUAUUUCGGGGUUGAUAUGAUGAGAUGCUCCAUCAUCGGUCGGACCAGGCCAUUACCCGAGGAGACGCUUUACAACAUGAAGCUGGUGCUCAAGGGAGAGCUAGGGAUUGAGUACCUCGAGGGAAUUUGACCAUCGGCCGCUCUAGGGCCACAUAUCGACCCUACUCUAGUGGAGCCUAAUCUAGAGGCCCCUUCACUAGAGCAGCCGAUUACUCGAGCUCUAGAUUGCCAUCGUCGUGUCGCACCAUCACCACCACCAUGAUCAUCAUCAUCCGGAGUUGGUUCCUCAUUCGGAGUCUAGUUGGUGGACCGAGUCACACACCUUGAGGAUCAGGUCACGGGGUUUAACACCAGCCUGGAUCACUCCGCUGACCUUCUCGUGCGUAUUGCCUGCAAGUAGGGUGUCUUGCCAAAUGACGAGGAGGAGGACCAAUCUGGGACCAGCGAGAGGUAGUCGACCGAGUGAGUCAUGUGUUAGAGCCGAUUUCUUUCGCCCCACUUCUCCACUUGAAACUCUGAACUCUGUUAUUUUUCUUUUCUUUUGUGUGUGAACUAGUGAUUUUGUGAGCUUUUCUUCCUUUUUAUCGUGAUGUGGAAUAUUGUUAUGUGUAAUAACCUCGCCUCGAUCGAGAAUGUGCUUAUGUUUUGUGUGUUUACUCCUCCCCAAUGAUUUGUUGCCAUCCCUAAAUUUAUGAGGUAUUUUCAUAAAUAUUGAUUGUGUUUGUGCAUUUCAAUGUCUAAUGCUAUUUUAACCUAGGUCGAGGGGAAUCUCAUUUGAGUAGAGGCUUGUAAAAGCUGGAUUUCCUUGGUAAAUCUUUGUCUCCUACUUAAGUUAAAUUAGGGCAAACCUCUUAAUUCGUAUUAACAUCUAGGGUAGGUUGUAAUUUGGUCGUCCAAACUCCGAUUUCGAGGGUGAAGUCUAGGAAACUUGGUUGAUAGGUCAAGAGAGCUACUUUGGUAGCUUGAAUUGGAAUCCCUUGGCCUAUUGACCGAGAGAGUGGCGUUUGUUCACUAGUUGCACUUCCCAACGGUUUACAAUCGCUUUUCCCACACCAAUGAAUUCUAUCCAACAAGUCAUUAUUGUUAGCUAGUGGUAGCAACACCUGGGUGAAGCCUUCUCAAUUAGUGUCCAAUCCAAUUACUUUUCCAAAUGUUUCAAAUAAUUGAAGUAGGCGUACAUGGUCCGGCCCUGGUUGAUAUUUAAAUAUACUUGCCCUAUAUUG